CCCUACACGGAUUGUUUACGGUAACGGUCAAAAUAAUGAGUGUUUACCUGGCUGUCUUCAUAGUUUUAUCCUAUUUGAUUUGGAUAAAAUGCCUUUACUAUCGACAUCGGCGCACUUUGGUGAAGUCGUUGAAACACGUAAUGAAGGUUUCGUCGAGCAGAGACACAGCCUGCGCAGAUGUCAGAGCUCUGGUUGUUACUGCGCAUCCGGAUGAUGAAUGUAUGUUCUUCGCGCCAACAGUCAUAAGACUCGUUCAGUUAAAUGCCAGCGUCCAUUUGCUGUGUUUGUCUGAAGGAAACUACUACAAACAAGGAGCUCAGCGUAAACAAGAGCUUCUCAACAGCUGUGCCGUGCUGGGGAUACCAGAAUCCAGAAUCACCAUAAUAGACCAUAAAAAACUUCCAGACGAUCCCAAAGCAGAAUGGAGUGUCUCAUUGGUCUCUUCUAUAAUUGUGAAGCACCUAAGAGUUCACUCCUUCAACAUGGUGCUGACCUUCGAUGGAAGAGGAGUGAGUGGCCAUGGCAAUCACACAGCCCUCCAUAAAGCUGUCAGCCAUCUUGCUUCUACUGGACAAGUACCCAACGACUGCUGUCUGCUCUCCCUGGUGACUGUUGGCCUCCUCAGGAAGUACACCACCUUCCUGGAGCUUCCUCUCAGCUGGCUGCUGCCCUCAUGUCUCUGCUGUGUUAUAGGCUCACAGGGAUACAGGCAAGCCAAAGAUGCCAUGUUUUGCCAUCGCUCUCAACUCCUGUGGUUUCGUUACCUCUACAUCGCCUUCUCUCGGUACAUGUUCAUAAACACAUUCCAAAUUAUCCCACAAGGACCCAAGAACCUGAAGAUCUAUUAAAGUUCAGAUCAUCCAGAUGCACUGAUUGUUACUGUGUUAGUCGUCCCGCUGCCUAACUACUCAGAUACUGUGGUCGGAGUGAAUGUACUAGCUGUUUACAAAUCUGAUGAGCUAUUUUGCUCACAGUGUAAUGUAGCCUUUUUUCAAAAGCACUUUCCUUAAAUACAACUGGCAAUAACUUUGAAAUAACAAAAACAGAACAUCUUUAUUGUUUUGAGUCAAAACACUGUAUAAAACCAAGUUAUCCUAUUAUUUCAAAGAUAUUGUACAGUAUUUCUGAUUUACAGCUAAUAAAAAAAGUUUGAUUCUUGUA